AUCGCUCCCGCGUCUUAGUUUGUCGUUUGAGUUUGGAUUCCUUUGUUUGCUCGAGUCUGUUCAAGAGUUCAGUUCUUUCGCUAUUCGACUUGGUGAUCUUCGGUUCGCUGCUGUCGAGUAACCUCAAAUUCGCCUUUGGAGAUUUCGAAUCCCGUACAUGUAUCACAGCACCGGCCAACGACACCAUGGUUUUCAACUUGUACACCACCACCAGCUCGCCGGCUUCGGCCGAUAGUGGCCCAAUCAAACCCAUCUACCUCCUCCCGAGUUUCAGCUUGCCCUUUCGUCGACGCAGGCCAUCCACCACACUCACUCAGAUAUACGAUCACCACCUGGAUGACACCGAGUCCGAUGGCCUCCCAUCGCUUUCCAGUUCUCCCGAUUCAUUCACCACCGCCUUUUCAUCCGAUUACACCCCGAUUCAGCCAACAUCUACCCGUCUCUCCCCCACCCAACCCGACAUCCUUCGCUGCGCCCACUGCGCGUCCGACAUAGCCUUCACUUCUCAAAUCAUCAGCAAAGGCUUCCACGGUCGCCACGGCCGGGCGUAUCUCGUCUCACCCACACCUUCCCAGGCCCCAGGCCCCCAUCCGUCUCCUGGCUUCUUUUCUUCAUUCACCCAUCACCCGUCAUCUGCUGUUAUCAGGACGACAGAACUGCCCAACAUCUUUACAGAAGCCCCCGAAAUCCGCCGCCUGGUAACGGGCCAGCACACCGUCGCUGACAUCACCUGCGCCGUGUGCGGGACCAAGCUGGGGUGGAAGUACGUGGAUGCAAAGGAGAGUUCACAAAAGUAUAAAGUCGGGAAAUUCAUCUUGGAGUGCGCGAGGGUCGUGACGUUUCGGAGUUGGGAGGAUUCGCCCAAGGACAAACAGGAGGGUGUCGUCGGUGAAGAACAGGAACCCGUGUCGCCAACUGCGGUGGUCUUUGACUCGGACGACGACUCUGAAUGCGAUGACAUCUUUGCUGGAGUCUGGGAUGCCGAGACCGUGGCUAAGCGGCGCAAGGGGAAG